GACAAAGAUUAAGAUUAAACAUCACAUGGGUAGCUCUCUGUUUCCUGUCUUGAUACAUAAGAUUAUGACACAGGUGCACGUCUAGCCCUUGGUUUUCUGUAUCCCACACGCCACGGGCAGCACAAAUCUUGUGCCUUCCCAUGAAGACAACCUUCUUCAAGUUAAACAAAAAUACAUACCCACACAAACAUUAUUUACCAUUAUAAUAUUACAUUCUCCAAACCAUAUUCAUUUAAAAUUAAACACCAUAACCUGUUUCUGGCUCUCUAUUUGCACAUGCUCCUCACACUCCUCUCACUCCCCUCUUCCCUCUACCAACCAUCCCUUUCACUAUAUAUACGUAUACCCAUAAAGUAUAUACUUAUAUAAUACGUAUCGUAGUAGGUAUAGACCAUAUUAAUACAAGACUUGAGUAUGUAGACAUUUUAUAAAGAAGGAAGAUAAAGAGAAGGAAAGAAAGCUUGAAAGCUUACCACAUUAACCUUGCCAACCCCAUCACGAGACUAACGUGCCUCCCCUCCAUUUUGCUUCACAUAUAUAACGCCAACUUCACCACCUUUCUCUUUCGCAACCUCUCUUUGUUUGCUUCUUCUUAUCUCAGACCCUGGACAUAUAUUCAUAGAAUUGCUGAUGGCUGAACCUCAAUGCGAUGCCACGUCCGAUACUCGAAGGAAGGGCAUCGGUAAGCGUGCUUCCGCCGUGCCGGUGGAAUCACAAUCCGUUGCUGAAACGGGACUGCCAGUUCCUGCUGUGGCUCCAUGCGGCGCCUGCAAGUUCUUGAGGAGGAAAUGCAUUAGUGGGUGCAUUUUUGCACCCCAUUUUGGUUCAGAUCAAGGUGCAGCCCGAUUUGCAGCGGUGCAUAAGGUGUUUGGUGCUAGUAAUGUGUCCAAGCUAUUGCUGCACAUUCCGAUGAACCGGAGACAUGAAGCGGUUGUUACAAUAUCUUAUGAAGCUCAGGCAAGGUUAUCCGAUCCAGUUUAUGGUUGUGUCUCCACCAUUCUUGCUCUGCAACAACAGGUUGCGUCUCUGCAGGCGGAGCUUGCGAUGGUCCAAACUCAACUAAUAAACAGUAGGUUUGCAAUGGCUAAUGUUCUUGAAAACUCACAGCAGCAGCAACAGCAGCAGCAGCAACUGCAUCAUCAACAUCAGCAAGUUUCACUGCUUCAACCAGCCUACUCUAACAACUCCUCAGCUUCUACUAAUCUCAUCAAUAUGAGUAAUUUCACCUCCAACUUUGAGCUUGUCACUGACACUGCUCCAUCUUCUCAUAGCUUGGAGCCUCUCCAUCUUUCUCGGCCAUCACAUGAUGAGGAAGAUGAUGAAGAAGAGAGCCGGAUUCCCGGCAUUUUUGCCGAUGUAAUACUUCAUCGCAGAUGAACUUUAAGUUCCAAUCAAGAAUUUUUAUCUUCACAUAUAGUUCUCCUGCUCUUAUGCCAUGCAAUAUACAAUAUAAUAUUUAAAUACUAAAAUAUGCUCCA